AUGGCGGAGAAGCACGUGCAGCUGAAGGUGAAGGCCAACGGCACUCACGCGUCCGAGGAUCCAUUCGGUCGCCAUGGCAACGAUGAUGUCAAGGAGAUUGCCAAGAGGUUCGAGGAGAAAUACGGCACGGGCGCCGGCAUGCGGCGGAAGAAGCACAAGGAUGUGGCGGAGCUGGGCGUGGGCUACGACGAGACGGAUCCGUUCAUCGACAACUCGGACGUGUACGAUGAGGACCUGCCGGCCAACAAGCGGCCGGCCCGCGGCGGCUUCUACAUUAACGUGCGUCGGCUGAGCUCGGACGCCGACGAUGACGUCACGACCGGCGACGACCAGGAGCCGGGCGGCAAGCGGCCGCGCAAGCGGCUGGGACGGCCGCCCAAGAAGGACGGCACGCUGCUGCAGAAGAAGAAGCGGCGCGCCAUCGACGGCCUGCUCAAGAAGAAGACCAGCCUCACCGUCAAGGAGAUGAUCGAGCAGAAGAAGGCGCAGAACCGGCUGCAGAGGAGCAGCCCGUCGCCUCCGCCCGACUCGCCAAUCGCGCCCGCCAACGGCCACGACUCGAUGGACGAGACGAUCGCCACCGUGGUGGCGGCGGCGCUGUCGGCCGAGCUGGCCGAACUGGUCGCCGCCAUCAAGGCGGCCGCCGUCGAGUCGAACGGCGGCAAGCAGAAGUUCUUCACGCCCGAGGUCAACAAGAUGCUGCUUAAUAUCGAGCUGCGCAGUCAGCAGGAGCUGCUGCGUAACGACCGGCAGGCGGUGUACCUGCACCUGGCCGCCCGACUGCCCUGCGGCGCUCAGACGCUCACCAAGCGUGCCAAGCAGCUGGUGCUCAACGAGGAGAAGCACGUGAUCCGACGUCCGCUCAACCGGUUGAAGGAGGCCAUUGAUGCAACGAUGCCGACGCUUCAGGAGCGCUACGCAGAGGAGUGCAAGAAAAUCAUGGAGGCCAAGGACCUGCCCAUGCCCGAUUCCAAGAAGGCGGAGCAGCCGGCCAAGGACGAUGCCAAGCCGCCCAGACUGCCGCGCAAGCGAUUCCGUUGGAGUGAGGCCACCAGCACCCGGCUGCGGCGCGUGGUCGAGGUGCGCGCCCACUCGUUCAAGAUGCUGAAGAAACGCCAGGGCUCGGCCGAGGAGUUCCUCAAGACCUUCCUGCAGACGGACGUGCUGCCGCUCUGGGAGAACGGCUGGAUGACGGCCAAGGAGCUGAUGAAGCACGCCCUGCCCGUCUUCCAGGAGGAGAUCAAGUGA